AUGGUAUUUGAAGGUUUAGUGUCAGAAGUAUUAUCAAAAGUAUUAGGACAGUAUGUAAAGAAUUUAAAUAAAGAUCAAUUAAAGAUUGGUGUAUUUGGGGGAAAUGUUCAAUUACAGAAUUUGGAAUUAAAAGAGGAUGCAUUAGCGAAUUUACCCAUUAAUUUACCGAUAUCUGUAAAGAAAGGUUUUUUGGGUAAAUUGGAUCUAAAAGUACCGUGGAAAGAUUUGAAAUCCAAACCAGUAGUUGUUCAUAUCGAUCACAUUUAUGCACUUGCUGUACCAGAAACACAAUCAUACAAAUACGACGAAGCAGAGGAAAAAAAGAAAGAACAAGAAUUAAAGAAGAAACGAUUGGAAAAUUAUGAAUGGUUAAAAUCAAUUCGUGAAGCUGAAAAUACUGAAAUGUCUCAAUUAAAACAAGAAGGUGAUUCUUUUACUGGUCGUUUAGUUACUAAAAUCAUUGAUAAUCUUCAAAUUAUAAUUAACAAGGUUCAUAUUAGAUUCGAAAACAAAAACGAUAUUGGUAAAUUAUAUGCAUGUGGUUUAACAUUAGAUAGAUUAUCAAUUCAAUCAACUGAUGAAUUUUGGAAUCCAUCAUUUGUUGACAGUAGUCAAACAUCGAUCAUUAGAAAAUUAUGUAUUAUGGACUCAUUAGGCUUUUAUAUUGAUGAUGAUGCAGAUUCAUUCCAAAAUCUUUCACUUUCCGAAUUUACAAGAGAGUUUACAAAUUUAAUUCCAAACUCAUCAACUUAUUCAUUAUUAAAUAAAUUCAUCCUUAAACCAGUUUCAUCUCAAUUAAAAUUAAAUAUAAAUAAAAGUGAAUUUACAAAUAAAUCAAUUCCAAAGAUUUUAGUUGAUUGUGUUUUAUCAAAAAUUACAUGUACAUUAUCAUCAAGCCAAUAUAGAAAUAUUUUAAGUAUUUUAAAUUUCACAAACGAAUUUUUAAGAGAUAUGAAAUAUCUUAAAUAUAGACCAGUAGUUAAAGUAUCAGAUUCUCCAAAGUUAUGGUGGAAAUAUGCAGGCCAAGUUAUAUUAGAUCAAAUUAGAGAAAAGCGUUAUUCAAGAUCAUGGGAUUUCCUUUUACAAAGAAGAAGAGAUAGAAUUGCAUAUGUUUCAUUGUUCAAGAGAAGUAUUCCAAAGGUAGAUUGGUUGGUUUCACUUAACAAACAAGAAGUUGAACAAAUGAAUCAACUUGAGGAGAAGCUUUCAUUCGAGGAUAUCAUCUAUUUUAGAUCACUUGCUUAUGCCGAAAUUAAAAGAGAAACCGAAAAGAAUAAAGUUCGUAAGCAAUUUCUUGAUUCUAAACGUCAAGAACGUGGUUUCUUCCAGAAUCUUUUUAACACCAAAAAAUCAGAAGAUGAAAAAGAGGCUCCAAUGGUCCAAUUGUCAAAAGAAGAGCGUGAUGAACUCUAUAAAACUAUUGAAUAUAACGAGGUUGUUUCAUCAGUUGAAGAGCCUCCAGAUUGGGUCAAGGUAAUUGGUAAUUUCGAAAUCAAAGGUUUUGCCAUUGAGUUGGUAGAAAAUGAUUCAGUCUUUGUCGAGGCACUCUACACUGGUUUAUCAUUGAAAUUCGAACAAAGAAAUGAAGGUAUCAGAGUACAAGCCGGUAUUCAUCUUUUCGAAGUUUAUGAUCAAUUUACAAAACGUACUCUUUUCCCAAAGAUUAUUAGUAAAUCUACAAAAACUAGUGGUGCUUUUGCCAGUGCUAUUGUCGAUACCCGUCCAGCCGAUAAGAAAUUAGAUUUAUUGGUAGAGCUUAAUAUGGAUCCAUUAAAUAUUAUCAUCACCAAGCCUUUAAUUAUGAAAAUUGUAGACUUUUUCCACGAUCCAAAUCUUGAUAUCACCAAUAUUUCAAAUAGAGCUGGUGCUCAUAUCGAAGAUUAUAAAGAACGUGCUAAAAUCCAAUUACAGGAUGCCAUAGAUAAUCACAAGAUUUUAGGUCUAUCAGUCAAUAUUCAAGCUCCAGUUAUUUAUUUACCAGAGGAUGUUUCAAAUGAUCGUUCAAAUGUUUUAAUUGUUGAUUUAGGUAAUUUUAAAGUUCAAUCAGAUAAUAGCAGCUUAAUUAAAGGAAAGGCAGUUUCAAAUACCACCGAAAAUGACCUCUACGAUAAAUUUAAUGUAUCUUUAAACUCAAUUCAAGUAUUACUCUCUGAUGAAACCAAAUCAAUUCUUUCAAAUACUGGUGAUAGAUCAUUAAAGAAACAACAAAAUAUUAUCAAUAAAUUCGAUAUUCAGCUUUCAAUUUUUUCAUCUAUUCAACAAGAUAAUUUAUCAAUGACAAAGUUAAAAAUCAAAGGUGAGCUCCCAAGAUUUGAUUUCUAUUUAUCCGAUAAAAAAGCCAAGCAAUUACUUUGUAUUUUGAAUGCUGUUACUGCUGAUAUUCCAGGAGCUGGAAAACCAAAAUCAACUGCUACUACACCAGAAAUCACUAGUGCCACUUCAUCACCAUCAACAGUUUCACCAAAAUUAAGCUCAUCUAUUCCACCAGUAGGCUCAACUGCUGGCACAACACCAAUCGAUUUAUUAAAAACCGAUAGCAAAACCAAAGAAAACAAUGAAUUGCUCUUACAAAGUAAGCAAAUUGAAGCAGAGUUUGUUAUUAAAUCAAUUAGUCUCACCCUUUCAACAGGCCAAUCAGAUAUCGUUAGAAUAGUUUUCACCGAAAUAGGAGUUGGAUUUGUUCAACGUACUUUUGAUAUGUCUGGUAGCUUUAAAUUAUCUGCACUCGAUAUUGAAGAUUGUUACACUAAAAACUCUUUAAAGAAAUUAGCAACAUCAAAUCCAAAAGAUCUUGAUCGUUCAUUAAAUGUAAACCAUUUAGUUAUGAUGAACUUUAAGCAAAUUCAAACAUCUUCACCAGAAUUCCAAAAAACAGAUAUGAUUAUAGAUUUGCAAAUUCAUAGUUUUUAUUUGGUUAUCAAUCCAGCAACUAUUUAUCAAUUAUUAUUAAUGUUAAAAACAUUUGAAAGCGAUCCAGAGCUCAAGGUAUCACAAUUUAUUAAAAGUAAUGAAAACAAACAAAUUCAAGCAGCUCCAAGCGAAGCUCAUCAUUUACCACCAAAUGCAAUCGUUAAAAAACCAGCAACACCAACACCAGUUCAACACCCUACACCAUCAAGUGAUGGCUCAACUACUCCAACUAAACCAACAAGAAGAAUAGUUAAAAGAAUUGUUACCCUUAGACAGGUUCCAAGAAAGAAAGAUCCAACAGAAUAUAAAUCAAUGAAAUUCACAGUAACUAUUAAUAGUUUAGGUUUAGCCUUAAAUCAAGAAACUGAUAAAAUGUUGGGUAUUUUUACAAUCAAUAAUUUCCAAACUGAUGUUUCAAUGUUCAAAGAUAACCGUAUGUUGGUUCAAGGUAAAUUAGGUUCAAUCGUUUUGGAUGAUUUGACUCCAAUCGUUUCAAAUUAUAAGCAAAUCAUUACCCCAAUGAAUCAAGUUGAUCAAAUGUUAGACUUUAAGUAUGAAACUUUUUCAAAUCUUUUAUCAAACUAUCAAGGUUUUGAAGCUUGUGUUUCAGCCAAUGUUAAAUCAAUUGUUCUUAAUGCCAAUGUUGGAUUCCUCAUGUUACUUCAAGAUUAUUUCCUUGGUGGUAUGUUGGACCCAAUUUUAAAGAAGGAAGAGCAAAAAAUAGAAGCAAAACCAAUUCCAAAAUCACUUUUACCUCCAGAAGAUCCAAGUAAAUUAGUUACAAAAGAAGAGAUCGAUAGGGAAGAAAGCCGUAAAUUAUUGGUUCAACUUCAACAAAAUCAAAAGAAACAUAUUCCAAAGAUGAAAUUGGAUAUUGUUAUUGAAACUCCAAUCUUUGUUGUACCACAAGCCACACGUUCAAAGAAUUCACUCCGUAUGGAAUUGGGUAAAAUCAUUAUUGGAAAUACUUGGCAAGAUCAUAGUGUUGCUGAUUUACCAAUGGAAAAUAUGAAGAUUCAUAUUCAAGAUGCCAAUAUUACUAUUUUCUCUGACGGUAGAUCAACCGACUUUUUAGAAAAACUCAGUGUUGAUGUUAUUAUCUCUCGUUUCUUGGUACCAAAUACAAGUAGUGUUGAAGAUCAAAAUAUCGAAGUUAAUAUUUCACAUUUUGCAUUCUUUUUAGAUGAAAAUCAAUAUCGUUUCUUCUUGGGUAUGAGCCAAAAUGUAACUAAAGAAUUAGAAUCUUCACAAAAAGAAAUCCAAGAAUUGAAGAAAGUUUCAAACAUGGGUGACCCAUUCGAAAUGGGACGUAUUACAUCAAAUGACAUGCAAUACUUUACAGAACAAGAGGUUAUUCAAAAAAUGGGUAAAGUUUUAUUACGUAUUCACUUAUCAUUAGACCAUGUUAGUUUCAAGAUUAGUUCAAUAGAUUCUGGUGAAAUCGCUCAAUUUAUUGUUCGUUCCAUUGAAAUCGAAUUAAAGAAUACCGAUAAAAACAAGACCAAUCUUCAAUUACACAUGAAGUCAAUUUUAUUAUCCGAUACUAGAACAGAUUCCACCAACAUUUUCAAGAAUCUUCUUGAAAACAAAGUUAAAACAGACUCAGUAUCACCAUUCCUCCAUGUUGGCUAUAUUCGUGACAAUUUAUUAGGUGAUCAGUAUAUUAAUGUUGCCAUUAAUAAUACAUCAUUAUUCCUUUCACCAACUCCUUUGAUGAUGAUAUCAAAUUUCUUUAUGGGCCCAUUAUCAGAACAACAUGAUACAAAUAAUAUGGAUCAUGAUUUAGAUUUAGAUUUAGAAAGCUUACAAAAGAUUCAACAAAAGGUUCAUCAGCAACAGACUCAAUUACAACAACAACAAUCCUUAUCACCAUCAGGUUUAGAUUAUCCAUCUGAAGCUGGUUCAGAAGAAUCUGAAAAAGAAUUACUUAGAUCUUCAACUAUUACAUUUAAUGCCCACAUUAACCCAUCAAUAACACUUGUUGAAGAUGAAACUCUUUCUGCUACAAGAUGUUUAAUGCUCAAAACUAAAUUAAAUAUUCAAUUCCGUAGAGAUACAAAUGGUAUUGAAAAUGCUAAAGUUAUUAUUGAAAAUACUAAAGUUAAUAUUUAUAAACCAUCCAUCACCGAAGCUGAAGGCUCAUCUCAAGGUUCAAGACCAAUUCAAAUUUUAAAACCAAUUGAAAUGAUUACUAUUAAAUAUAUUAAAGAAAAUCUUACAUCAACUGAAUGGAAACAAGAUAUUGGUAUUUCAUGCACAGCUGUUAAAGUUUUCUUCUCAUAUGAUGAUGUUAAAGCAAUUCUCAAAAUUACAAAUAAUAUUACAAGUAACCUUCAAAAACAACAAGAAGAACAAAAGCAAAGACAAUUAUCAUUUGCAAAUAUGGCAUCAAGUUCAAAUUCAUUACCAUCCUUAAACAAAUCAACAAAUUCAUUCCAUACUACUACAACAUCAACUUCAAGUAGAGUUAAGGCCAAAGAGGAAUUAUAUAAUAAUAAUGAAAAACUUAGAAUCUCAUGUCCAAAUAUUAGUGUUCUCUUUAUUAACGAAUCACAAGAAAUGUACAUUCCAAUUGUUGAAUUAUUCUUUGCUGAUAUUGAAACCAGUGCAAUGAAUUGGAGUUCAGAUUUCGAAGCCAAAUCAUCAAUGUCAAUUAAAGGUGAUUAUUUCAACGAAACCAAUAUGAAGUUCGAGCCAUUCAUCGAAGAUUGGAGUUUCUCUGUUGACUUCAAAAAGAACCGUUCAGGAAAAAUCAAAGGUAGUUUCUUAGCCACUCGUGAACUUUUGAAUAUUAAUGUUUCACAUGCUCUUCUUCAAACUAUUAGUAGUGCUAUGGUUCAUGUCGAUAAAAUUGAUCAAUUAGAUAAAUCACUCGCCACAUCAUUAUCGGGCAGUAAUGGAUCACCAAAAGAUAGAAAUAACGCAAUGAAUCUAUCACUCCAAGGUCCAAGUGUAUUAAACAAAUAUCUUCCAGGAGGUGGAAAAUCAGAAAACAAAGCUACUUUCCAUUCACAUUGGAUUUCAAAUCAAACAGGUAUUCAAUUAGGAUAUCAAAUUCCAAAAGUUGGUAGCUCAUCAUUCGAAUUAGAGGCUAAUGUCGAUCCAGUCGCUUUACCAAUUAAAAUUUCCAAGAGUAGAGAUUCAACUAUGGGUGAUCAUUUAUACAUUGAAUUAAAGAUUCAAGACUCAACCAUCCCACAUUUAAGCUUGGAUGCAGUUGGCUACAAGAUUUAUAGAAUCGGUUCAAGUAACGAAUUUUUAACCUGUGAAGUCAGAUUACGUCCAGACGGCAGCAAAAUAUUAAUCAUUAAAUCUAUGGAUCAAUUCGAAAAUAAUACCUCAUUAAAUUUAGAACUUAAAUGUACAGAAAAUGGUUCAUCAUUCAAGAUUCCAAAGAACUCAAAAUUCUCGCUCCCAUUAUUAAUAUCUAAAGAUCUUUCAAGAUUCUGGGUUAGAUUAGAAAACUCUUCUUUUUGGUCUGAACCAAUCGAUAUUAAUAAGCUUCCAGAUUCUGAAAAUAGUAAACUCUUUAAAAUACAAACUGUUGAUAAGGUUAAUAUGUAUGUCUCAUUAGUACACAAAACCAUUGCCAGUAGAAAUUGCGAACGUUUCAAUAACACUUUCAAAUUCUUCCCACCAGUCCAAAUCGAAAAUAUUCUUCCAUAUCCAUUUAGAAUUUCAAUACCAUCAACUCCAGUUGAUAGAAUCAAAAUCGAACCAGGUGACAAGAUUGAUUUCUACCACUAUACUCCUGGUUCAUCAGUAAGUGCAGUCAUUAGCGAACUAGAAGGUUUCCCAGAUACCAAACAUAAUUUAGUAUCUGGUGAUGCUUCAUCACCAACUUUCUCAAAAACUUUCAAACUAUCACAAAACCAUAGAGAAAUUUCAUUGGACAUUGAAAGAACUGAAGUUAUUAAAGGUGUUCGUGUACUUUCAUUCUAUUGCCAAUAUUGGUUAGUUAACAACUCUUUAUUACCAAUCGAAAUUAAAUUAACCGAUAAUCAAGCUCUUACAUUAAAACCAAAUUUACCAGAUGCAAGUCCAUCACCACCUUUAUUGUUUGGUGCUAACACCAUUAGAGCACGUAUUCCAAUUGAAGGUGAAGGUCCAAUGAAUAAACAAUUUUGUGAACGUUUCCCAAUUAGUGCAGUUGGAAAUGCCAAUACUAUUUUAUUGACCAAUGCUCAACGUACCUAUGAACUCUCAUACAAGGUUGAUUUCUGUUCUAAUGAAAAGUUCCGUCUUAGUAAAACUGUUACCUUUGUUCCAAAGAAUGUCAUUUGUAAUGAAUUACCAUUCCCAGUUGCAGUUUACCAAUAUGUAGAUGAAAGAGCAACUUCAUUCAAUGGCAACAAUAGCGGUAGUGGCAGUAAUAUAAAUAAAAUCAAGUUAUACAGUGAAAUGCGUUUACAACCAGGCGAAUAUAGACCUUUCCAUUGGGAUGUUAAUGUUGACAACAAAAAGAUUUGCUUAAGACCAAUUACCAAUGAAAGAAAUCCAAGUGAAUGGCGUUGUUCUGGAGGUUUCUUUAUUGAUUCAAUUAGUGACUAUGUUGUAAAGAGUAGAAAUAGUGAAAAACCAGAUCACGAAUCAAUCCUUUUCCACGUUACCAUUAAAGAAAAACACGGUACCCAUUUCGUAAAAUUAUUAUUGUCAUGUAAAGAAAAUCCACCAUAUAUAAUAGAAAAUGACACAAAGAGUAAAAUUUCGUUCUAUCAACGUGAUUGUCCAGAGAAUAUUGAUUAUAUCGAACCAAAAGAACUUUUAAGAUAUGGUUGGGAUGACCCAUCUUCAGAUUAUAUCAUCUCUGCUUCUAUCGAUGGUAAACCAUUAAAGAAACGUAUUAAUGUCAACAAGAUUAAAGGUUAUAAGUUUAAUCACGAAGGUACCUUUAUUUAUGUUACCAUUACCAUCGAAGGUCCAAGUCGUGUCGUUUUAUUCUCAAAUAGCGACAAGAAAUAUAGAUCUAUUACAGCAUGGACCGAUAAUAAGGUUGUUAAUCUUUCACAAUCACUCAGUGAAUAUCACUUCUAUAUUAGAUGUUCUGGUAUUGGCUGUUCAAUUAUCGAUAAAACUCCAAAAGAAUUAACUUAUAUCUCUAUGAAGGACUUUUUGAUUAUAGCUACCCAAAGUGCCAUUGAAAAUACACUCGAAGUCAAGCUAGCAGAAUUACAAAUCGAUAAUCAAUUGAUCAAAACAGAUUUCCCAGUAUUAAUUCAUACAGUUUCACCAGAUAAAGAACAAAGAAAAGACUUUUUACAUGCUGUAGUUAUUAAAUCAACUAUUGAUAAUAUCGAUUACUUUAGAUAUAUGUCUACACUUAUUCAAGAAAUGACAAUUGAAAUUGAAGAUCAUUGGUUAAAAGAAGUUUUAGAUUUUAUUGACUCAAUCCCAUCAUUUGGUCAACCUAAUGGUAACAAUAAUAAUAACUCCCGUGUUACAAAUAAUCAACAACAAAAUAAUGGUUUAGGUUCAUCAUUUAAUAUAGGUCAAUUACAAUCAAGUACAGGUAGUAACAACGCUUUAGUAAACUCAUCAGACAGUAGUUAUAAUAACAAUAUUUUACAAACUCUCUAUAAUACUGUUUCUAUUGAACCACCAAAAUCAGAUGCAAGUGCAGUUAAAAUGGUUUAUUUUGCAUUAUUAGUAUUAAAUCCAAUCAAGAUUAAUCUUACAUUAGCUCUUCAAAAUGAUGGUUUAAUUAAAUCAAAUCAUAAAGUUUUAUCAUUAGUCGAGGGUUUAGGUCUUUCAUUAACCAGAUUAGACCGUGCUCCAAUUACUCUCCAAGGUCUUUUAAUGGAACAUCCAUUCACAUCAAGAAGUACACUCAUUGACAAGAUUAAAACUUCAUACAUUAAUCAAGCUCUUCGUCAAUUUUAUAAUAUUUUAGGUUCAGUUGAUUUCUUGGGUAAUCCAGUAGGUUUAUUCAGAAACUUUGGUACUGGUGUACAUGACUUUUUCGUUGAGCCAGCUCAAGGUCUCGUUAAAUCGCCAGCCGAUUUCACUAAAGGUCUUGCUAAAGGUACAAGUUCAUUUGUAAAGAAUUCUGUAUAUGGUACAUUCAAUACAUUAUCAAAAUUAACUGGUACUAUUGGUACUGGUGUUGCCACAUUAUCAUUCGAUGAACAAUAUCUUCAAGAGAGAAAACUUCAACAAGCUCGUAAACCAAAGCAUGUUGGUGAAGGUUUAGCUAUGGGUGGUAUUGGUUUGGGUCGUGGCCUUUUUGAAGGUAUUACAGGUAUCAUUACAAAACCAGUCGAGGGUGCAAAGAAAGGUGGUGUUGGUGGUUUCGCCAAAGGUUUAGUUCAAGGUGUUGUUGGUGUUGCCGUCAAACCAGCCACUGCAGUUAUCGAUCUUACCACUAAAACCACUGAAGGUAUUAAAAAUACAACUAAUCUUCAAAGUCAAGUAGACAGAGUUCGUCCACCUAGAGCAUUUGCCCAUGAUAAUGUUUUACGUCCAUUUGAAGAGAACGAAUCAGAAGGUUGGUUCCUUCUUAAGACUUCACACAAAGGAAAACACUCUGCAGACUCUUAUAUCUGGCAUCAUAUUAUCAACUCGGAAUUAACAAUUAUCCUCUCUGAUCACAGAAUUAUUGUAUCCAAAUCAAAGAAAAAUUUCCUUCACUCCUCCUUCCUUUAUCAAAUUCCAUUCCAUGUAAUUAAAUCUAUUAAAAUGGUUCCAGAAGAAGGUAUUAUGAUUGAAAUGGACCCACCUCAAACAUUAGGUCUCUUAGAUCGUGACGUUAGAUUUAAGACUAUUGGUGUUGACGACUCCAAUAUUAACAUGUUGUUAAAUAUGAAAUUAACACAUGCACUCAUUAAAUUUAAUGAAAGUAAUCCUCACUUAGCAAAAUUUAGUCACUAAAAUAAAAAAUAAAAAAAUAAAUAAUAAUAAAUAAUAAAUACAAAUAGUUAACAAACAUUUGUCUAUAGUUUUCAAGAUUCAAUUUUAGAUAUAUAAAAGAGAACGAAAAUAGAACGAAAAAAAAAAAUAUAUAUAUAUAAUAAAUAAAAUUUUUUUUAAUAGAUCAUUAAUUGAAAAUUUAAGAAAAU